CGCCAUCACUCCUCCAACCUCUGUUCUUCUGCAAAUAAAGAUUCAUUAUUAACGAAUCCAAUCACACAACUCCCUCCACCUCCACCUUCACCGCCGCCCUCACAUUCUCUCUCUCCACCAUUCUCCCUCAAAAGCAACCACUUUUCGGGUGUUUUUGUGUCAUGUACUUCACGUUUGUAUGUGCAUGCUGAUCGCCGGCCACCGGAGAAACGGUUGAUAUAUAGAUCUUUUGGCAAGUGGGUAAAGCCUAAACUGUAAUGUGAUUUCGUUUUGUCGCCGGAAAAAUGAAUAUUGGUCGGCCGACGGUGGUGGUGGACUUGCCGAUCAUGCACGACAGUGACCGGUAUGAUUUUGUUCGAGAUAUCGGGUCGGGUAAUUUCGGGAUUGCAAGGCUUAUGAGAGAUAAACAAACCAAAGAGCUUGUUGCAGUGAAGUAUAUUGAAAGAGGGGAAAAGAUAGAUGAGAAUGUUCAAAGAGAGAUUAUUAAUCAUAGACCUUUGAGGCAUCCUAAUAUCGUUCGUUUUAAAGAGGUUAUGUUGACCCCGACUCAUUUGGCGAUUGUGAUGGAAUAUGUUUCUGGAGGGGAGCUUUUUGAUAGGAUUUGUAACGCAGGGCGCUUCAGUGAAGAUGAGGCUCGAUUCUUUUUUCAACAAUUGAUAUCCGGGGUCAGCUACUGUCAUGCAAUGCAAGUUUGCCAUCGUGACUUGAAGCUAGAAAACACAUUGAUAGAUGGAAGCCCGGCUCCGCGAUUGAAAAUAUGUGAUUUUGGGUAUUCGAAGUCUUCUGUGUUGCAUUCGCAACCAAAAUCAACGGUUGGUACACCGGCAUACAUUGCUCCCGAAGUGUUGGCGAGGCAAGAAUAUGACGGGAAGAUUGCAGACGUCUGGUCAUGUGGGGUGACAUUAUACGUUAUGCUCGUUGGUGGCUAUCCUUUUGAGGACCCAAAUGAACCAAGAGACUUCCGAAAGACAAUACAUAGAAUUCUUGAAGUCCAGUAUUCAAUACCGGAAAACAUCGAGAUAUCACCGGAAUGUCGGGACCUCCUUUCAAAAAUCUUUGUUGGUGACCCUUCACAGAGAAUAACAAUGGCGGAGAUAAAAACACAUGAAUGGUAUUCAAAGAACCUGACUGCAGAUCUGAUGGAUGAAGAGAAGAUGAUGAUUAAACAUUUUGAAGAGUUUAAUGAACCGAUGCAGAGUGUUGAUUCUAUCAUGCAAAUAAUAUCUGAGGCCACGAUUCCUCCUGUUGGAUUUUACGAUCUUGAUAUGAUGGAUGAUGAUUUUGACAUGGAUGACUUUGACUCUGAUCGUGAAGAUAUUGAUGUGGACAGCAGUGGUGAAGUCGUAUACGCUAUAUGAUCUUAUAUUGAUAUAUCUACGUACGCUGAUAAAAGCAUAUGAAAAUCAUACCAACAUUAUAUAAAAAUUUAUAAUCGGUUUGUUUAAUUGACCAUUUUCAGUAUUAUCUAUUCAUAGAUAUAAGUUGGAGUGAAGAGAGGGUA